GGGCAGGGCGUGAUCGCCGUGGCCACGCCCCCUUCCCCGCGCCCGCAGCCACGCCCCCGGCGGGGACGGGUGCGGCGGGAGCGCGGCGGGACGGAGCGGCUGCCGCUGCCGGCGUUGCCUUGAUCCCGGCGGGAAGGAGGAGAGAGGAGGAACAAGAAGAAGAAGAAGGAGAAGGCGGGGGUCUUCCCGCUAAGCCGGGCAGGAUGGACAAGUACGACGAUCUGGGUGUGGAAGCCAGUAAGUUCAUCGAGGACCUCAACAUGUACGAGGCCUCCAAGGACGGUCUCUUUCGGGUGGACAAAGCUGCCGGCAACAACCCCGAGUUCGAGGAGACCAGGCGGGUGUUCGCCACCAAGAUGGCCAAGAUCCACCUCCAGCAGCAGCAGCAGCAGCAGCAGGAGAUGCUGAUGGCCGCGAUGAACGGAGGGGCUGCCGCCUUCCACCCGCCCCGUCCCAGCCCGCCGGUGCCGCGGAGUUCGAAGCCGCCCCCCGCCGCCGAGGGGCCGCGAGCGAGGCCCAGCGAGGGAGGGGAGCGGGGCUUCGGAGAGAGCGGCGCACGUGCCGAGGCUCCAGGGAGCCAGGCCGGGCGCCGGGGCUGGGAAGCGGAGCCCGACAGGAUCCCCCGAGUGGGGGGCUCGCAGCCUGGCGUGGGGCGCGGGGAGCAGCAGGCUGGGAGCCCCGGCGACCCCCAGCCCUGCCGCGGCGGGCAGGAGAACGGCGGCGAGGGCAGGCGAGGUGUCGGGGGCCGUGACCCGAUGCCAGCCGGACAGAAGUCUUCCUCCUUCUCAAACGCCGGGACCCCCCCGGCACCCUCGGUGGGUCCAGAGGAGCCUCUGCCACAGCAGAGGUCCUCAUCCUUCUCGGCGCCCUCAGCGCAGCCCACCCGAGGGUUUUCAGGCUCCGCUGAGCCCUGCGGUCCCAAAGCCGGAGGAAAUGGCAGCCAGCCGUGGUACCAGGGUGUCUCGCUGUCCUUCCCGCCAGGCUCCGCACCUGCUGCUCCCAGCGUGGAAUACCAGCACGCCGCUGCCUACCCCAGCCCAGCCGGUCACUUCGUGGCCCACGGUCAGAACCACAGGCCUGCCAGCGGCAGCGGGAACCCUGAGCCAGGCUCCUCGCGCCUGGCCUCGCGAGGGAUGGUGGCUCCCAGUGCCCAGCAGAUGCUUCUCCCGGAGGGCGUGAGCGGGCCACGGUCGGACUCUGGGCACCUGGAUGGCUCCAGCACAGCAAAGGUGAAGCUGCCCUGCCAGACCCUCCUUCCGCAGCCAGAGCAAGGGCCAUCGGCGGCUGAGCUGAAGCUGGAGGCGCUAACCCAGCGCCUGGAGCAGGAGAUGGAUGCUCGGCCAAAGGCCGAUUACUUUGGUACCUGCGUGAAGUGCAGCCAGGGCGUGUAUGGAGCAAACCAAGCUUGCCAAGCCAUGGGCAACCUCUACCAUGACAGCUGCUUCACCUGUGGAGCCUGCAGUCGAAAGCUGAGAGGAAAAGCCUUUUAUUUUGUCAAUGGAAAGGUGUUCUGUGAAGAAGACUUCCUGUACUCUGGUUUCCAGCAGUCGGCUGACAGGUGUUUCAUUUGUGGUCAUUUGAUAAUGGACAUGAUCCUGCAGGCUCUAGGGAAAUCAUAUCAUCCGGGCUGCUUCCGAUGCGUCAUCUGCAACGAGUGUCUGGACGGUGUUCCAUUCACUGUAGACUCUGAAAACAAAAUCUACUGUGUCAGAGAUUACCACAAGGUUUUAGCUCCAAAGUGUGCAGCAUGUGGACUUCCCAUUCUGCCAUCUGAGGGGUCUGAUGAGACCAUUCGGGUUGUGUCCAUGGACAAGGAUUACCAUGUGGAAUGUUAUCACUGCGAGGACUGUGGGAUGGAGCUGAACGAUGAAGACGGACAUCGCUGCUACCCACUGGAUGAACAUUUGCUUUGUCACUCCUGUCACCUGAAACACAUAGAGAAUGGCACAACCCCAGCAGCUGCCUACCAGCACCACUACUAGUCAGCGUGGCCAGCGUUGGAAAGCCGGGACAGAAGAGUUGUUACAUGAUCCCCUUCUCCCCACCUUCAGCUGAUUUCCUGUGCAUGUUUUUUGCCAGUCAGCAAUGUUCCUGUCAAAGGAUCUGAGAGAUUUUUGCUGGAUUCGCCAAGUUUGUAUGCUUAUGGGAUUCAGCUGCAUCAAACCAUGUCUACUUGACCAAGAAUGUGGCACGUUAACUAAACCAGUCAGUUUACUUUUACAUGUCCUUUUCUGCCGCCUGGAGAUGCCUCUGGGCUCAUUUUGGAAGAUUCUUCAGUGAAAGCACAAUUUGCUCUCGUGCCUAUGAACUCAGAUCGUGCCAUGCGCAGUUAAAAAGCCAGAGGCUGGCUUGCCUGCCUGCCUGCCUGCCUGAUGGGGACAUCCCAUCAGUCUACUGUUACCUGAAAGCACAUUUCAUCAGGUUGCCUGAAGGACACCAGCCUAUUAGUACCAGCUUUUUAGACACUCUCUGUUUUUAUUAAUUCUUUAGGAAAACAAAAGAAAGGGGUCUGUGCAAAAUGGCACACUCAGACCUUUCAGUUAAUUCCCUGAACUCCAGUAUCAAGUCUGGCUGUAAGAGUGCCAACUCUCCAAGCACAAACCAGGCAAUGCUGUCUGGCAACUGGAGGCAAACAUCCCAUUUCAAACAGAACAAAAAACUGGAACAAGCUAGGCUAAGCUACUGCAAUGACUUGGGGCCCAGGCUUGUGUGUCAGCAUGACACAUAGGGGCCAGUCUGCUGUGUCAGAGUCUGAAUAGUGGAUCAUAUUUGGAAAGGAAAGGUCGGGAUGCUGAAAGUGUGGACAUGGGGGAAAUCCACCCUCAUUCUUGCUUGCAGAGCUUGCUUUGGAAAAAAGUUCUCCAUACACAGACAGUUGCCUGAGUUUUCCAGUUUGUCCUCAUAGCUCAGCCCUCAGCCUGGCUAUUCCUUUUCAUGGUGUUUACCCAGCACAAAGCCAUUUCAUAGUGGUGCUUAUUCAGAGCUUGGGGAGCGAACUUGAGAUUGUUAUGAAGGCUUUGUCACGCAGGGAUUUAGAGCCCAGCUCCACAACCUGAACUCAGAUGAGUAUGUUGGCAUAAACAGAUUUGCUCCUAUGAAUAAUAACAGCUUCUCUGAGCAAGGGGUUAGGGAGUUUGGCCCUUCCUUUCUGUUCUGCUGAGGAAGCAGGAAGGCAAAUUGUUUCUUUUCUUGACCCUCCCACUCCCCCACUCCCUGCUUUAUAGUCAAAGAAAUCUGUUCCCCUCGUAUGUGUUACGUGUAUGAUAGGUGUGCCUGCAGUGCAUGUUCUGUACCUACCAAAGCUGUGCAACCCCUCAUGUACUGGUACUUUUGUUUUACAAAAAGUUCUUAAUUUAAAGCCUGAGAUGCAGUUGAGGAUCUUAACUACUCUUUCUUUGUGUGGAAAAUUAGUUAAAUCCUCAUGUAUCUGUGCUGAAGAUGUAAAUUUGGUUCUGACUGGCAAAGGAUGGGAUGACAUUCUUGAAGAACUUUUCAGUGUGGAAACAACAAUAAAUUAGCUGAGCCGUGGCACUGGGAUUCCCAAAAUGUUCCCAUGUUGAAAACCCACUACAGUUCAACCAAACCUCUUUUCCAAUAGCAUGGAUGUAGCUUGAACUUUAUUUGAUGUAGUCAGACAGCAACCUGUACCCAUCUGGAGCAGCACAGGUGUCAGGUAGCAGCAAGUUGCCUAUCUCUGCCUGUGCUAUGAAGUCAUCUUCCCAUGGCUGAAAUGUGAAACUGCCCCAGCCUCAGGAGCUUGGCAUGGUGGGCCUGGCAUGGAGUUUCAUGGUGCCAAGUGACCAUCCAGCCCUCUGCCCCAUCCAGCUGCAAGUGCCUCUGCCUGUUUCCACUGCUGUUCAGGAUGGGGAUGGCUGGAGGCAUUCCACUGCUGUUCAGCUUGGGGCUGGAGGCUGGUCCUGCCUGGAAGCCAUCCAGAGCUUUGGUGUAGCUUGCCUCUGCAGCACCAUUUUUCCUGGGGACAUGAAUCCUUUCAGUGAGUGACUGAAAGCUCAAGGGAGGGCACUUUAGUACUGUGAAAUAUAUCUUCUGAGAGUUUUACCUGUGAUUUUAGAGGAGGUAAAAUUGACCCCAAAUAUGUGAGCCCUCCUUGAGCCUUAAAUUUAGCCUCCAAAUGCUGGUUAGGAAGGGGAUGGGAGCUGACACAAAAUGUAAGCAGUGCUGCAUCCAAGCAGGAUGUAUCAAGGGCAGCAACAGCCAGGGCACAUCCCGAAGUGCUCUCACCCCAAUGCAUCCCAUCAGCUUGUGUCCUGCAGGACAGCUAGGCUGGAGCAGGGAGGGCAUAUUCAGGGUGUUACUGUGAUCUCGGGACUGUCUGAAGGGACUGAGGUGGAAAAUAACACCAGCUCACAAUCCCUAGUAAAUAAUUCAAAUAGUCCUGGGCAGGUGGCUGCUUUUGGCAGUGAAGGCAACGAGAUACCAAAGUGUUUUUUUGAAGUGAGCUGGAUACACCAGCCUUGGGCAUCUGUUACUGCCUCUGAAAGGCCAGCUGCUAUGUAGUUCAUGCUUUUGCUACCUCUUGAUUUUUUAGAUCAAGCCCUUGUGCACAUUUCUUGGCCUUCAUUUUGUAAAGAUCUGAAAACACUAGUGGGACUGGUAUUUUGUUUUUAAACUGCAGUUUAAACUUCCGUCUCACCCUUGCAGCCUUCCCCAAAACCUCAAAAUAAGCAGAAGAGAAGGGAAUGAGGAGAAGGACAAUUUUCCUUCAUGGAAAGCCUCAAGGGCAGCAGUUUGUGGCAAGAUGUCUUGCAGAAGCCCUCUUUGCAUCACCAGAGAGUUUGGCCUCUGCUCCCACACAGUGUCUUCUUACUCUUGUCAGCCAUCCUGUAUCCCUCAGCACUGGAGAAAUGAAGGCUGCCCUACUUCCAGUUUUAAGGUCCCCUAUAAAUUAUUAAAUGCUAACACUCUCCUUUCCUGUAUUUACAAAGAGCUGGAAGUGACAGUGUGAAGCUCUUGAAAAAGGAGCCUGUGAGCUUGUGGUUUUGAAGCUAAAGCAUCUACUGCACUGCCCUGCACCCCUGUGUGUGCUGUCUUGCACUGCUUCUAUCUCUGGGAGUUCGAAUUCCUUUAAGCUCAGUAUUAUUUCUCCCAGGCUAUGGGUGUCUGAGUCCCUGUUGAUUUUCCCCAGCUUCUGCCCAGCUCUGCAGCUGCCUGACAGUGGGUCUGGCACAGGGGGAGGCAGUGGCAUCCUACACAGGGGGGAACCUUCUCCCGACCCUCCACCAAGCAUCUGUGGAGCUGCAAGCCCUCACUGCCUGCCUUCAGGCAGCUCCCGCAAAGGGAGAAAUAGCUCCGGAGCUGGAGGUGUGAGGCUUUGUGUCCUCUUCAGAAGAAUUUCAAAAAACACGUUAAAUUCCAGCUAUCUCCUGGAUGAUAUACAUUGGGUUUUGCUGUUCACAUGAACCUUGUUGUCUUUUAACUUAUUAAGAAGCUAUGAAAACGUGCUAUGAAAAGUUAGUCUUGGUUCCUCCCCCAGCAAGUUCUUCUGCCUGGCUUUAAAGUAAAGGACCCUUGGAAGUCCCAUUGUGCUGUUAAUGAGUAACUCUCAUGCAAAUAGUUAUUCAAGUGAAUUCCUUGAAGCCUGCUUUCAGGAAUCAGAGCUUAAAAGAUUUUUUCAUUCAGAUAAUGCUGUUAAAUUUCUAUUGCUUAAAAUACAGAAACUCAUUUAAAUAAGGAUUUUUGCAUAAGAGCCGGGGGAAAGCCCCAGCUACAGAAGCAGCAGACAUUUUUGUGUAAUUUAAAGUGUAAGAAGCACCUGUGAUCAAAGCGAUUUGGGAAACUGCCCUGAUGUUAAAACACGGGGAACAGCAGUUUCUAACACUCUGGUAAGGAGCAUUUGAAAAGAUCUGUGGCUCUUCAGUUUCUGAAUUUCAUUUGGGGGCUUUUAAAACGUUUUCCCAGUCUUUCAAGAUUUAAAUGCUUUUUUUUUUUUUUUUGUAGAUCUUUUUACUACAAAGUGAAUAGCUGCUUAGUCUGUAAAUGAUGGAAUUUCAUCAGCAAUCUAGUGUGAUGUGGCAGCCUUGAAAGGGGGAAACUGGCCUUGCAAGAGCUGGCAUGGAUCUGGCUGGCCAUUCCAAAGAAAGUAUUAUCUUUUUUUUGGAAAAAAAGUCCCAUGUGGGCCUUGACCACUUGCCAUGUGCUCUUUCUUGGGGUGGUGUGUGCAGUUGUGUCCAUGCACAGGUGCUACACCUGCCUUUCACCCCUCUGUGCCCAUGCCAAGUGCUUAGGUAGGUGCCUUUUAAGCAACUUUCUGUGCAUGAAUGUAACACCAAGUUGACCCAGGCAUGGUCACUGGGCAAUACUCCUGGAGUCAGUACCUGCAGGCAGGGAAGGGCUAUGACCACAUACACAUCCCUGUCCCCCAUCCUGUGAGUACCACUGGGAGAAGCUGGGAAGGGCUUUGCAUCUCUCAUCAUGGCACAUCGUUUGUGCGUUCAUUUUUCUUUUCCAUUUCUGUAUCCUGCUGCUCGCUGGCUGCAGUGGCUCUGGCUGUCCUCGCUGAAGCUGACUGGGCAGACAUCUUCCUGUCACGAGCCCACAGAGAGCUUGGAUCUGCUCACCCACCCUUUUCCUAAGGAGAAGCAAAGCUUUCCUGAGCAAUAAAAAUCCUUACCCUGCUUUCUUCCAGGGCAGCCAGAAGUUGGUGUGACAAUGCAUCUGCAACCCACUCAGACACGACAGGAGAUGGCAAGAAACUAUGCCCACAUGCAAAUCCAUGGCAAAGAGUCCUGUAAAUGUCCUGCGGCCCUGGUGGAGGGAUGACUGGGCUGCAGUUGCCAGCCCAACCCUCCUCCGCACGCAGCAGGUCUGCGGAGCACGGCCAGGCAGGGACCCAGGCACACACCCCCAGGCUCUGCCUUUCUGGAUCUGGAAAGCAAAUCCAGAGCCUGCCUAAUGAUACUGAACGGUACUAGUUAUUUUAUGUUUCCUUCAAAGCUCGGCUCCAGGAGAGAGUAUUUUAGGAUUUGUGCUGGUGUAACCAACCUUAGCCUCCCUUAAACACAGCCCUCUUUUCUUCUCUGCUGUUAAGUAUUUAUAAAGAAUGGAGACCGGUAGCAGAACGAAGCCACUGGCCUGUUGUGAUUUCAGUGAUUAAAGACAGUAUCUUAAGCAA